GUUUAUAUUGAAAGACGUAUAAGUGAGAAACGCAUUUAUAACACUUGAGCAUGAAUCGCUUGCGAAAUGGGAACCGUGUGGAUAAUGAAGCGACAAAAAUCCGUUUGAAUCGUCCAGCUGCCCCGGCCAAGUGCAAGGUCAAUAACUAUGGACUGGCCCGUAAGUCUUCACUUAUGGGGAUAACACAGAAGCGGAAGACGCCCUCCUAUGAAGUAUGCGAAGAGGAUCACACCACUUGGAUAAAGGCACCGGGCGAGAUAAUUGGAGUGGAAAACAAAUAUAUAGAGCAAUUAGGCAUGGACAUAAAAAACUUUUUCAAUCCCGUUUUUGAGCGUCUCGAUGGGACAUUAGAGCCCAUGGCAAAGGAAUCAAAAAUGCUGGCCAAUACUAGCGAGACGAAGGUGAGAAGAGUAACAGGAGUUGUAAACAAACAGACAAAACUGAGAGAGCAGCGACAACAGCCGUUUAAGACAAUUGUGACUUCAUAUUUAGAGAAAGAGAAACAAGGCGAAGAAAAGACGAAAGUUAAUUUUCAAAAGCCGCAGGCAGUUUUUAACCAACAGCAGCAAGAACAGAAAGAACAGCAGCAGCCAAUGGAGAAAGUAGCGAAACGCAUUCCACCUCCAGUGCCCAAGCGACCCCCGAAACUCGCAGGUCGUCCAUCAAUUCUGAAGGCACCAACACUAGUGGGUCGUCCACCGAUUCCGCAGGCUUCCAAAAUACCAGAGCGACGUCCUCUUCGCAAAUGGACACCCAUACAAGACCUAACGCAAGUGCAAGGUGCAACCACAAAAACGAGCCCCGCAACAGCAACUGAAAAACUGGGUGAUCGUGAAUGGUUGAACUGUAGACCGCAGGAGCAGGAGCUGGACAAUAAGAAGUCAUUAUCGGCAGAGACGAUUUCGAUUCGACCAAGUCAGUUGGAGAGACAAUCUGAAGAAUUAGACGACUUGACGAAUUCGAUUCGACCACCUCAGUUGGAGGCACAAUCUGAAGCUCUAGACGCCUUGACCCCUCGUUUGACAAAUCCAGCUCAGUCCAAUGCUGCUGUUUUAGAUAUAGUAUCUAAUAUAUCGUCUAAAACAACGCUAGCUUCUCGCUCUUCGCAUUCCGAUCAGGGACGGCUGCGGGUAUUGGUAAAACCCACGCCUGUAACUCAACCACCUUUCGAGCUCGUAAACGCCGCCGAUGUGUAUCAGGUACUUGAGAUGCAAAGUGGGGUUGACACUGCCAAGGGGGUUAUGGAUAUUCUGCUAGCACAGAUAAACAAAAAUACAACAACGGAUGUGGGAGAAGCUUCGGAGUCAGAUGAGAGCGAGAACAAAAAGCCAAAUGAAAAAGUGGAUGUUCCAACACCACGCACUCCCGCAAAACAUGAAAAGUUGAGCAAAUUGUUUAAUAAUCAGUUUGUACGGCCCAUCAAUAAACAAGAGAUAAACUAUAGCCCCAAGAAACUAUCGCCGCCCAUGUCUCAAGCACUUGGGGGCAGUAAGAACACGCAGAAGCAGAAGCGUCAGAAAGAAAUGCGUAUGAGUAGUCGCCCGAAAAAGCAUGAAACGCUAAUUUCUGAAAACUUUGCCAUUUCCUACACUGCAAGAACGGACUUUGAGAAGCGCUCGAAUCAGGACAGAAAGGACACAAAAGUACAGCUUGAUGAUCUCAGCGAAUAUGUGGAUUACGCUCUACAGCAGAUGGAGAACACCCAGCAUACCGAACAGGCCCAACAAGUGGCUGCUGUGGUGCCAGUAAAGGUUAGUCGCAACCCGUUUUUGGAAAGCCGGAAGUCCAUCGAAAGUUCCUCCAAAGAACUGCACUACUCUCGAACCACUAAUGAGCAUCUACCCUCACCUAAGCGCGCAUGCAUUGUGCCAGCCCCGAAGCGCGAGCGUCGAUUUAUGCUGCAAACCAGCGACUUCAUGUAUCCGACCCCCAAAGAUCUGCGGUCUAUACCUCUGUACGAUGUGGGUGUCACCAGAGAUGAUAAUGUCACGCGCGAUCUGGUCAACUGUACACUUGAGCUCUACGAGCACGUUCAUCAGCUGCGCAACGAGGUGAGGCGUCGCGAACAAAUUGAGGAUCUAUUCGCUGUGGGCCCUUAUCGAAGGCACAAGAAGGACAGAUCCGUGGGCGGACGAGGUGGGCGGCUAAAUAGAACCAGCUCGGAAUCGAUACGCGAGUUCUUCAUCAACACUCCCAUGACCUUUAUUUAUAUAUUUGGAAUUGUGGCCAUAUUCAUCAUCUUUCUCAGCUAUGGCCAGCAGCCGGAGCCGGCGACAUUUUGGGAGCAGCUGCUGAUGAAGAUCGAUAAAAUGCUCAGCUUGACUUAAUCUAAAUUAUUUUAACUGCAACACAUACGAGUAUGUAUUUAUAUUUUGAUAUUUUUAACACACUCCCUGUCUAAAUAGCAAACAAUUUAAGCAAUUUCUGCAAUAAAUAUAGAAUAAUGUUGCAUAAUUUAAA